UCCUUUUGGGUAAUGACCAGUCUGUUCGAGACGGCGCUGAGAGGGAAGCUCCGGGAGAGAAGACUGGUGCGAAAUCCUUCGUCUGCUCGAACCCGACGGAACCACGAUACCCACCUGGGAAAAGGGUCCGCCAUCGCCCAGUACCAGAACCUUUUCCCUUUGGCUUCUCAAAACCUAAGGUGAGGAGAUGGGUGCGGAAGAUGACUCGAUCGAGCAAGCUGUUGCCGCGAGGAGAGAGAGGCUGAGAGCUCUCAGGGCCGCUCAGGAGCUGCUUAAUGCUCCGAGUGAGGAUUCUGCUGCUCAAGCUAAUGACAAAUCGGACAGUGAGAAUGAUGUUGAUGAGGAUGACGCCCAAGAGGAAAAUCCCAGCAUGAAAUUCCGAAACUAUGUUCCUCAAGAUAAGCAACUUCAGGAGGGAAAGGUUGCACCACCUCUUCUACCAAAAUUUGAAGACCCAGUUGCAACAGAACCUCCUCCAGCUGAAAAGAAGGACCCAUUUAUAAACAUUGCUCCAAAAAAACCUAACUGGGACUUAAGGAGAGAUGUCCAGAAGAAGCUUGAUAAGCUUGAAAGACGCACACAGAAGGCAAUGUAUAAGAUUGUUCAGGAGCAGGAGAAAGAAAAGGAGAAGGCUGAAGAAGAUGGCGAAAAUGGAGCUAGCGAGUAGUUCUAUUUUCGAUGCUUUUGUACUAAAAUGAGGUCAAAAUGUACGUCAAGAAAAAGCUUAGGGAAGGUGAAACUUGUUGGCUAUGUAACCUACAAACUGGAUGGGGGAGCUGAUACUUUUUACUACGCUAUGCUACAUUGGCUGGCUUCUUUUCAUGAAUCAUCUCCUUGCAGGGCCAUAAAUAGAAUCGACCGGCGAACAAAAAAUGAAGUUGAAACUCCCCCUUCAUGAUUUGUCUUUUUAAUUUAUAGUUGAUUUGAUGUUGCCAGAUGAUUCUACAUUAGACUUCAAUUGUGAAUUAUUUGGGAUAUGUUAUAACACCAAUUGUCCCCUGCA